UUCAACGCCAUCUGCGAAGUAAAAGACUUGUUCUCUCUUCGAGAUGUCGCACAGUGCGAGAGUUUAUAUCGGUAAUCUCGGAGAUAAUGCCUCCAAAAGRGAGAUUGAGAAAGAAUUUGAGUAUUUCGGUCCCCUAAAGGAUGUUUGGGUGGCGCGAAAUCCUCCGGGUUUUGCGUUUUGUAUCUUUGAAGACAAGCGAGACGCCGAAGAUGCAGUUCGGGAGCUCGAUGGAAAAUACAUUGGCGGCGAGAAAAUACGCGUAGAAAUGGCUCGUGGACCAACCCGUGGUGGAAGAGCUCAGCGACUAGGACUUACUGAGAAGUGCUACGAUUGUGGCAGGGUCGGCCAUUUUGCUAGGGAUUGCACUCGAAGAGGCCAGCGGCGAAGGUCUAGAUCCAGGUCUCCACCUCGCAGGCGCUACCGCUCAAAAAGCAGGUCAAGGUCUCCACCUCGUAGACGUUACCGUUCAAGAAGCAGGUCACCAAGACAAAGAGGGUCUCGUUCACGAUCCUUUGAAAGAGAAAGAAAAUCAAGRUCAGCAUCUCGCUCUCCAUCUGCGGAACGCAAGGAGGGAAGCAGGUCCCGUUCAGCUUCUCCAAGACCAGAAAGACAAAGUCCCAGAGAUAAUGGAGAAGUAGCAAAGUCGCCCAGCAAGUCUCGCAGUCCUUCCCCAGCACCACAGAAUAAUGAAGAUGAUGAUUGAUUUCAUUUGCUUCAACACUACAUUAUUUUACCAUUUUUUAACUUUCUAUUUUUGAAUAUAUUUUUUUGUUCCCCAGUGGUUGAUCUACCACUGCUAAGUUCAAUACUUCCUGACACAUAUUGAUUUUCUUUUAUCUGUGAAAAAAGACUUYAGAAUCAUUUCCUUUUGGGUUUUUAGUCCCAACUAGAUGGUCUCUUUCAACAGGAGAGUUGGCAGUUGCACAUACAUGUAGAUCUUACUGCUUGUCUAGUGCAGUUCAUCUCGUGAAAUGCAUCCUGGCAUUUUCAAACCUCAACUUGUUAAACCUUUCUUUAUUUUGAAAAUUCCAGGAUUUUCAUAUUAUCCACCUUUCAUUUGUAGCAUUUUUGUAGGGUUUUUUUAUUCUCUAUUUUAUGGUGAUUUUCUGUGAUUUGUGAAGUGUGAAAAAGACUUUGUCCUAAUGAUGAAACACCAAGUCGAAUAGUUUGAAGUAUUAGCCUUACUUUCCCCUCAAAGCCAACAGAAAAUCACUAAGAAAAUCCUGAAACAAAGCAACUUAUAUUCUUGCUGUAGAUCUGAAUAUCUACUGCUAUAUCAAUGAAAACUGCAAAGUUUAAUUGGUGUUAUAAGAAAAUCAAUCGGCAUUAGUUUUAAACGUAAACUUUGUAAAAUACUUUGAUGUUCACAAUUAAAGACUUCGUCAAACUAA